AUGUCAUCAACAGAAUUAGAAAGUCAUUUAGAACAAGUACGUCGUGAAUUACAGAUCAAAGAAGAGCAAUUGAGAGAACUUGAAACCACACGUAAUGAAUUGGAAAAACAAAUGGCUGCUCUUCAUAAAGAAAUCGCAAGAAUCACUGAACAUAUUAAAGAGAUUGCAAAACAAAUUGAAGUGUUUAAUGAACAACAUCGUGAACUGAUGAUGAAACAGAAAGAUUUAGAAAAACAACAAGAACAACUUCAAUCAACUAUUGCAAAAUUAGAGAAAAUCGUGAAAGAGAAAGAAGCUGGCAUUUUUCGACUGGAAGCUCAAAUUGAAGGUCAGCAAAACACUAUUGAUCAGUUAGAAGAGCAAGAUAAUGUACUUCGUCAAGACAUUCAAAAACUUACUGAAGAAAUAAGAACCUCAGAAAUAAACUUAACUCUAGCGGAACGAACUUUACAAGAACUCGAUCGUGAACGUAAAGUAUUAGAAGAAAACAAGCGUCAACUUCAAAAAGAGCUUCAAACGAUGGAAGACGAAUUGGCCGAUAGUAAUAAUUCGUUAAAUGUUAAUAAAGAAAAAUUGCGUAAUACAGAAGCAUUACUUAAGGAAGCUCAAAAUAAAAUGAAUGAUCUUCAAGCCAAGGAAGAUCAGAAAAAAGAGGAAAUUGAGCAACUUCAAACCAGUUCCGAUAAUUUAGAACAACAAAUAAACGAUCUAAACAACGAAUGUACGACUUUAAAUAAUCUUAAAGCCGACGCACAACAAGAUUAUGAAAGAGCUGAAGCUGAAUACAAAGAAGCUCAACAAUUAUUAAAUCAAUUGAAACAACAGGAACGCGAAGAAAAUCUGAAACAUGAACAAGCACUGCGUGAAGAAAGACUCAUUACGGCGCAAUUGAAUACGGCGAUGAAUGAGCAACGAAUGGCCGAAGAAGAAGUACGUGCAGCUGAAGCUAGAGUCCAAUCGGAAUCUAUAAUGGAUAUGGUUGGAACUGUUAUCAGUUUGAUACCAGAAUUAUCUGUACUGGGCGGAAGCCUAAAAGGCAAUUUAGCCGAUGCUAAAAGUGCACUCAGUGAAGCAAAGGCAAAUCUUGAAACUAAACGGUCGACAUGUAACGAGCUUCGUAGCAAGUUAGAUGAAGCCAAUAUGAAAAGGAGUGAAUGUUAUUCAUUAUUAGAAGCAAAGAAAAAUGAACGUACAGAACAAGAAGCCCUAGUGAAUAGAAGUAAGGCUAAUGUCGACAGUAAAAAACAAACAUUCGAACAACUCAAAACUACACACCGUGAAACUGUUCGUAAACUUUCACAAGCCGAGUCCAAUCACAAAACAGUUUGCAAUAAACUACAGCGUGCUCGAACACAAUUGAGUACAACUACCAACGAUCUUCAACGACAUAAACAGGAUGUUGAGAAUUAUACUCAUCAACGACACGAACUUGACUCUAAUAUCAAAAUUUUAGAACGCAAAAUCAAACAACAGAAUGGUUCUAUUGCAGACCAUAAAGAAAUAAUGAAAGAAAAUGAAGAUGCUUUGAUCAAAGCAAAGAAUCAACAUCGAAAACAAACUGGAAUUGUGGAACAACUCAAGCAUACAAUAGAAUAUUCAAAAAGCGUUCUAAGCGAGAAAACAAAUUUGGAAAAAGAAAAACUUCGCGAAAUCAAUCAUCAGAAGACAUUGCAAGCAGCAAAUGAGAAAAAGGUAGAAAUUUUACGUGCAGAAAUACAGGUUAAAGAGAAUGAAUUGACCGACGUCAAAACGAAACUUGAUGCGACGAAAGACGAAGUUCAAAAAGUAGUUAAACGUACAGAUGAAUUAAAGACCGAAAAACAUUCAUUCGAAGAUCAGAAUAAAGCAAAUCAACAAAGCCUCAAACAAUGCGAACAAUCCCAUCGUGAAGUAUGUACAAGAAUGCAAAAUCAAAAGGCUCACAUCGAAAAUCUUCGUGGAAUGUUGACGACAUUGGACGAUCAAAAACACCGACUAUAUGUAGAAAUAAGAGUUUGUGACGAACGAUUAGAAGGUAAAAGAUUAGAACGUGAAAGGAAUCAAGAAGAAAUCUAUGAAGUGAGUGAACAUCUACAACUGAAUAAAGAGGAAAUGAAGAAAGUACAAGAAACUGUUGAAAUAGCGAUUGACAAACGAACUUCCAUUGAGCGCAGUAUAAAUACAAAUCGAUCGUUGAUUAUUGAACAUGAAGAACGUUUUCAAGAUUUGAGCAAUACAUUAAGAAAUUCGGCAGGAAAAUUCACCAAUAAUCAAGAACAAACGUUAAAAAUUAAUGAACGAAUAGAAAAAUUGCAGGCAAACAUUACUGGUCUCAAGGAACAUCAUUGGCAAAUACAAAAACAAUUAAACAAAGAACAGUUUAAUAUCAUUGAUAGGGCAGCAAUUCAUCGUGGAUUGAAAACGAAAGUUAUUGAUGAGAAUAAAAAUGAAGAAAUACUACGAAACCGUCUCCGACAACAGCAAUAA